ACGUUUUUUAUCAGGCUGGGAGUUCAGGUUAAAAUUAUAUGUCUACCGUUUAGAACAACAGAGAGAUAAGAAUAAUUCCCAGCUUGCUAAGACUUAUGAUAUUCUUAUGAAGCGUUUAAAUUUGACUUUGAACCAUUCUCGUGCCUAGAGCACUAAUUCAGGUUUAUCUGUAAGAGGUAUGGGAACUAGAAUGGCUUUUAACAGGCGUUUAACGACAUCCGAGAAAAUUAUCUAAGGGAAAGUACCGUAUAUUUUUUCUAGGAAAGUACAAAAGAAAAAGGAAUUCACCUAAUUUAAGAUAAAGAUCACGUGAGGGUAAUUCCCUUUUUCUGUAUUUAACUUGUGGCGAUUUCUGUUUGUAUACAAUUGGUAUGUUUAUAAAGAGAGAUGUCGACAGAAAGUUUUUGUUCGAAGUUAGAACGUUUUCGUGAUCUUCAAAAGAUAGAUGACCAGCUCUGCGACUUAAUUAAGCAUCACAUUCACGCAAUCACGCAAAUAAAAGGAUGGGGUGUGCGUAGCAAUGUGACAGGCAGUGUAUUCGAAGGAGCGAUUAGUGCUCGAAUGUUUUGUCUUGACAAAGAACACGACGAGAAGAUCACUAAAGAAAUUGAAGCAGAUAUUGAGUUUGUUUAUUGUGAUUUUACAAACCAGUGCAAAGACGCAGUUGUUGAUAUAGCUGGUAAACCUGGCUAUGCGAAAUUAAAAGUUGACAAAAAGAUAUUAGACUUGAUUGAAAAGGAUGAGUUCAGAAAUCAUGCAAAGGAUGCAAUAAAUGAAGAUGGAUACAUAAGCUCGAACAAAUUGAAAGAAAUCUUUUCCAAAAAUUCUGAUUUUGAUUAUGGUAUUUUAAAAUUUAUCAUGUCUUCAGCUAUGGACGUCAGAGCUGACGAAGUAAAACUGAACACAACUUGUUAUAUGCCCACAAAAUCCUCCAUCACCUCAUCCGUUAAAGUAUACGUACAUGAUAAAUACAAAGCCUGUCUUACCUGGGAUGUUAUCAUCGCUGUGAAGCUUCCCUGGUGGCCCUCUGUAGCCAACGAAUGGGUGAACAGAAAAAGAGCCUGGCCUAACAAAGAUCUGGCACAGGAGCUAUGUGAGUAUGCUUACAUGAUCACCAAACCUUCUGAUGAUGAGAAGGAAAACGAUAGCGCCGUGGAAAACAGAUAUUCAUUUUCGUGUGUAGAGAGAAAGCUAAGUGAACUUUAUACAAAAGAACAAAAGCUAGUUUAUUUAAUCGCAAAGUCUAUCUUCUAUCGCUGGCUCAAACCGUUUGAUCCCGAGAACGUUUCUUCAUUUUUUGCUAAAACGAUAAUGUGCUGGUUGGUGGAAGAGUAUCCGCCUGGUCAUGUGUUAUGGGAGGAAGCAUCCGUACUCUGUGUUAUUCAAUUAUUUUUCGCAAAGUUUGAAGCAGCUUUCACUACUGGUCACCUGGAGUACUAUUUCAUACCUGAAAUAAAUGUUUUAAGAAAUAUUUCUGAGGAUGUGAGGAUGAAGCUGCUUGAGCAAAGUCGAUUAAUCUUGAAGAAUACUGUCUCGUUUGUACCCGAUAAUAUAGAAGAAGUAAUCGAGCAUGCCAACUUUGUUUGUCAUGUGGCGGAAAAGAGCACACGAUUUUGGUCACAAAUAUCUCAUGGGAGAGAACUACUUAAUGCAAAACAAGCAAACUCCCUUACUGAUUUUCCUUUACUAUUUAACCCGCUGUGUCGCCUUUUACAUUUUUAAACUCCAAGGUGCGGCGUUAGCUAAAUGGUGGCGCUAUUUAGAGGGCGUACUUGGAGGUCGGAAUUAAUAAACUUUAUUUUAGCGUGUUUAAGAACUUUCUCCUUGAAAAGAGAUAGAUAAUAAAAUUAUUUUUUUAAAAAAAUAUAAGCUAUCGUUGUGAUUAAUUUAUGUUACACGUAUUUCGUUGUUGUGCUUUCCCGCAAAUUCGACAUGUCUCUUACCUAAAGCUGUCCUUAUGAUAUCACGGUCAAGGUUUACCACAACCUGAGUACAAAGUUGCUUUCCUAGCAACAAAUGAAUAUUGAGUUUCAUUUGUAUUUUCGUUAUUAUUAUAACCUCGCUUCAUGCGGUAAAAACAACAAACAACAAUAAUGGACUAAAUUUCACACAUUUUGUGCUUUUCGCGAAAUGCUUUAACCACUAUCGCUAUUCACGAAAAACGUAUUUUCGCCAAUUUUUGUCAAUUCCAUCAUACGCAAAGUUCACAACUUUUUAAAACCUUGUUUAUAGCAAAAUUUGUGAAUAAUAAGUCAUGAUGCUUCCGUAAAUUCACCAAUUUUUUACUCCGUUGACAUUGUUUAUAUAUAUGUUAGGAGGCUUUCAUUUGAGUUAGGCUGAAAUCAGCUGGCUUGUGAUCUCGGCUCCCUUUACUAAUUCUAAUAAAAAUCAAUAACCUGUCAUGUGGGAAGAGAGCCGGCUAACCAGGAUCUUGCUUUUUUUUAAAAGAGAUUCCGGCAAGGUGAGUUGAAUUUUUUUAUAUGACUGGCAAACUAGACUGACUAUUUUUAUUGAAAAUUUUUUAUAAAAUAUAAAUGAGGCAUUAGAAACAAUAAAUAUACAUAAAAAACUUCAUUGAAAAUACACACUUUUCAUGUAACUAUUUUCCAGCUUAGGCUGAGUAAACGUCAUGUGAUAGCGAGCUGAUUCCAGCCCAGCUAAGCGGGCUGAUAUAAGCACUUCCUUAAUAACAAAAAUAAUAUUUUCUCUCGCUGGCAUUGUGCCAGCGAGAGAAGUUGAAGAAACAUCAGUCCAUGUCUUCCUACACAGGUUCUGAGAACCCUUACGCCAAUGAUAGAGAUGGCGAUUUAUUCUAUUAAUCUAAUUGACUUUGAUGCAGCCGUUAUGUUGUUAAAGAACGAAAUACCAUCAACAAUUUGAUGAACAGAAGUUAUCUGCUGUUACACGCUUUUUUUUCUUUGUAAAAAUACGCUCCAUAUAAAUAUCAGGUUCGAAUUUCAGGGGGUUAUAAAUUUGGUAUUCUUAUAAAAAGAAGCGUGUGGAAACAAUUAUGUAACAGAAAUUGACUAUUCGUGAAAUUGUGAAACUAAUUCUUACGAAAAUAUAAGUAUUAUUAAGAAGAAGAAUUACGCUUACGGUUAUCA